AUGUCAGAGGCCCAGGAGGUGGUGCUUCCCGCAACUACAGUGCUUUUUCAAUGGAGAAAACAAGCCCCUAAGAGGGAACUGCAGCUGAAAAAAGUUGAGAGAGCCCACACCAUUCCCCAGCUUUCCAGAAAGCCCCAACUUAGGAGUUCAGCAGACAGCAUAGGACCAAACCAGGGCUCACUGAGCCCAGGAGCCUGUACGGAACAGGGCACUCCCCAGGCUUUGGGGAUAAGCUGGGAUCAAGUUGAGGCAGGGCAGAGCUGGGGCAGGGCUGUGUUUCCGGUUCCGGUUCCGGGGGUCAGCACGCACGGGGUCUCCAACAGGCCUGUGCCCGAGGCGCCAGCCUCGAAGGAUUCUCGGGGCAGAUUCCGCCCAGCCUGCUCCCGCUCCACCAUGGCCCGCAAGCCCGGCAGCCGAGUCGAUCCCAAGGCAGCCAAGCGCUCCCCGCUCUCCGAGCGCCGUUUCUCCAAGGCCAAGGACUGGUUCGAUUGUCCCGCGUUAGGCCCGGGUUGGAAGAGGCGGGAGAACUUCCGAAAAAAGGGAGCCACCUGCGGCCUCUCGGAUACCUACUAUCUGAGCCCGUCUGGCCAGCAGAUCCGCAGCAAAGUGCAGCUGGCCCGUUACCUGGGGCCGGGCCGGGAUCUCAGCACUUUUCACUUCAAGCUCGGGAUUGUGCAGCCCUCGCCCGCGCAGGCAGCACCGCCUCAGAACGAGACUCAGAGGCCGCGACGAGGACAAGGAAGGCCCAGAAAGGAAGCAGCGCCCCCUCCCCCCGAGCAGCCAGAUCCCGAGGGGCCCCCGGCGGGACUGCUCCCAGCCGACGGCGUCGAGGUCCCUGUGCCCAGAGACCCCGCUGGGACUCCCCAGGCCGACCCCGCCGAGGCCCCCCGGAGCGACGCCGCCAACGCCCCCCAGAGUGACCGCAGCGGGCAUCCCCGGCGGCGGUGGCGGCAGCGGUGGCUUCAGACCCAGAGCUACGAAGUUCAGAAGAGUGACCCCCCCGGUGAGCCGGGGGACCCGGGGAAAGGCGCGCCCAGCGGGGGGCCCGAUGGCCGCUCGGACAUCGCGGGGGCCGCCGCCACCACCAUUACGGUGGCCGGCGCUAUCGCUGCGGCCAGUGCCGUCACUUUGGCCUGCCUGUCCGAGGCCACGGCCAGCCCCGCCGCCGCCGCUGCCGCCAUCCCUGCCUCGAAGCCGCGGGUUCUCGAGGCGGGGGCUCGGGGCUCCGGCUGCGGCCUGUGCGCCGGCUGCCAGGCCCAGGACGACUGCGGGGCCUGCUGGAUUUGCGCUCGCGAGGGGAAACCGGACCUUGUCCGGCGCUGGCGGUGCCUGGGAAGGCGCUGCCUUCAGAAGCACCCGAAGAAGAGACCCAAGGGCUCGGGGGCUCGGAAGGCCCCCAGCCGGCGCCGGCGAGCCCCCGCGCCCCCGGCCCAGGCGGGCGGCCCAGUGGUCGCCGCCGAUCGCCUCUACCGGCGGCCGCGCCACAGCCGCAAGUGCGGCACCUGUGCGGCCUGCCUGCGCCUGCUGGACUGCGGCGAGUGCGACUUCUGCCUGGACAAGCCCAAGUUCGGGGGCUCUAACCAGAAACGCCAGAAGUGUCGCUGGAGACAGUGUUUAACUUUUGCCGUCAAGCGCCUGCUGCCGGCCCUGAGAGACAGCUCCGUGGUCCGGCGCCAGCUGCCCCGCCUCAGGAAGGGCACUUUGGGUAGCCGGCCCUUCCGUGCAGGCUGGGCCAGAUCGAGGGCCCGCCUCGCCCAGAGGCUGGUCACUGAGCCCCAGAGCAGGAGGCCUAGGCAGAAGCAGCACCCUGUGCCGAAGGAGGACUUGGACACUAAUUGUGUGCAGCUGCAGGAGACCAGCUUGGUCAUCCCACAGGGGGACCAGAACAAUCCAGUGCUUGAGCCCAGUACCAAGGCAGAGUCCUCUCUGCCCCCUGACACCCACCACAAUGACCUAAAGGAGUGUGAGUCUCCAGGACUUGAGGCAUUCAGUGCAUCUCCUCAACUGAAGCAGGAGAUAAAGAACUUUGGGUCCCAGGCUCCUGAAGCUACCUUAUCACCCCCUGUUAGCUUCCUUCCUGACCUGCCCAGCAAGGAAGCCAAUGGGGCCCAUCCACAAGAGACUGUGAAAGAGGAGGAAGACUUGGAAGAAGAGGAAGUUGCAAGCACCCCGGUGAUCAUGGAGAUCUAUAGUCUGGGCAAGGCCACCCCAGGACUCUUUGGAACCCUGGACAGUGUCCUACAGGAGUUUCUAAUGGAACUGAAUGAGCUGCCCUUGCCUGCCCACUGGGAAGUGCUGCCAACAAGGGGACCAGACCUCUGCCUCAUCCAGCGUUCCAUCUUGUCCACUGUGGCUGCUGCAGUUAUCCAUAUCCAGCCAGGCCUGUACUUCCGUGUGGUGGUCCGCGAUGUCCCAGUGCCACCCACCCAUGAGCUCUAUUCUGCCCACCCAUUACGACUCACCACUGUGGAUGAGGUGAUAGAGCUCAUCUGCAACCUGGAAGCCUACCGCCUGUGCCCUGGUUGGCCUGACAGCUGGCAUCAGGGCCAGCGUUCUCCUGGCUGUGAUGUCUUGGUCUAUGAGGGCCGUUGCCAAUACUGCUGCCUAAAGCCUUGGUCUUUGGGGAGGAAGCAGUAACUGAGCACCCCUUUACCCUGCAUUUUCCUUGGGUCUCUAUGCACUGAGUUGGCCCAAGGGUCCCUGUACCCUACCUCUUUCCCCUAUGUUGUGUAGGAGAGUCUGUCGAUCUGCACUGGAAAGGCUGUUGUGAGGGCAAACACUCCUCUACCAGCCUCCCCCUAAGAGCCAGCAUUUACCCAUCUUCUACCUCACCCCUCUCUCACUAAGGACUGCUUUGAGGGUCCCCUUGAUUCUCCUUUGCUUCUCCAUGAUCCUGGCACAGGAGUAGGGAAACCCAGCCACCCCUUACCCCCCACUCCCCACCCCAAACAUACACAUACCAUAUUCUUCCUUUCUUCAACUCCUUCUCAGGGACAUGGGCUGGUUCCACAGAGGGGAGUGAGGGAUAGAGGGCAGUUCUAAUCAGGAUUUGCUGGGGGUCAUGUAGUCUUGGCUU